UCGGUGGUAGGCUAAGGCGAUUUCAACGAAGUGAAGUUGAGACGCUGCUAAAUGAUUUUUUCGCUGUCGUGUUGUGUAAGACUACCUCAGCGUUUGUCACAAACAGGUCAUCGCUUCUUUGCGUGAACCUGUACGAAAUGGCGAUGAUAUUACACGGAAGACGGCUUCACACCUACAGGGCUAAGCUCAAGAGUGUUAUGAAAGGAACCCAAUCGCACUGCUCCUCAGUGACAUCAGGUAGACAGCUCGUCAAUGGGGUGAAUCUCUACUAUGAGCAGACUGGCAGAGGGGAACAUGCUGUACUGCUGCUUCCUGGGGCACUGGGAAGCACUCAGACUGAUUUUGGACCUCAACUGAAGUCUCUGAACAAGGAAUAUUUCACUGUAGUUGGCUGGGAUCCACGUGGUUAUGGACACUCUCGUCCACCUAAGCGAGACUUCCCCCCAGACUUCUUUGAGAGGGAUGCAAAGGAUGCAGUGAAUCUGAUGAAGGCGUUGGGCUUUGGCAGGUUUUCUCUGCUGGGAUGGAGUGAUGGAGGAAUCACUGCUCUAAUUGCAGCUGCCAAGAAUCCUGACCUGGUCAACAAAAUGGUAGUGUGGGGAUCCAAUGCUUAUGUGUCCAAACAGGACGUCAGCAUUUACAAUGCAAUCCGUGAUGUGUCUCAGUGGAGUGCAAAGAUGAGGAAGCCCAUGGAAGAGAUGUAUGGUGUAGAGCUCUUCACUAAGACCUGGGAGGCCUGGGUGGAUGGGAUUGCACAGUUUGUCAAAAGACCAGAGGGGAAUAUCUGCAUGGAGCUCCUGCCUCAGAUCAGCUGUCCUACCCUCAUUGUACAUGGAGAGAAAGACCCUAUGGUGCCCAGCUUCCACCCACAGUAUCUCCACAAACACAUCAGGGGUUCACGAUUACAUUUGAUGCCCGAGGGAAAACACAAUCUGCACUUGAGGUUUGCUGAUGAAUUCAACAAACUGGUGGAAGACUUUCUGAAUGAGUGACUCCUUAACUACUCAAGGAUGGACCGGUCAUUUAAAUCGGCAGGAAGAGCAGGACUAGAAUGAUUUCAUCACAAAAAUUUGAGACUGAUUCCUAUUUGUUUCUGCAUUGAGGUGUACUUUCAAUGGGCUUGAUCUAAAAUGUUUGCCCAGUUUAACUUUAUUUUUGUAUAUAACA